AUGGUAGAGUAUGCCCUGCGGCCGAUUUUGCAAAAGGAUGAGAUUCGAGUCCUCGUGCACGACGAUACCCAGUCCCGCAGUUCUGGUCUGCUGGCAUGUCAGACGAGAGUUCUGAAGCUGUCCCAUGUCCAGGCUGGGACAGAAACAUCGUAUGCUGCACUCUCUUAUGUCUGGGGCGAUGCAGCUAUCACAAAAACGCUUAUCUGUGAUGGAAAGAAGAUCAGUGUUACGGUCAAUCUUCACGACGCCCUCUUGUCACUUUGGUUAGCCUAUCCAGCAUUGAAGAUAUGGGCAGAUGCAUUAAGCAUUGUUCAGGGCAAUAUCCUUGAGCGGAACCAUCAAGUAUCGCUAAUGGGCAACAUCUAUCGAUCCGCUAGCUGCGUAUUUGCCUUCAUCGGCCCUCCACUUGAUGGUGGCAACCGUUUCUGGGAUUUUCUCAAGAAAGUAGCUUCUAAUCAAUACGCUAUUGAUGAUGAGUUUGAAGAUGACUUGGACGAAUUCUUGGAGGGUCAAACAAAUGAUUUUGCCAAGGGUUACCACGACCUUAUUACUCGCCCUUGGUUUACAAGAGCUUGGACUUAUCAAGAGAUUCGUCUCGCUGCUGCAGCCAAAAUUGUAUGCGGAAGUUCCAUGAUAUCAUGGAACAGUUUCAUGGCAUCUCUGUGGGCUCUGGACAAAAAGUGUUUAUUCAUGAGGAGAUUCUCGUCCCUCCGUGCCUUUCUGAACUACCAGCAUUUCUGGAUCGAGAACAAAAAUACGGAACAAGAUGAAAAAUCUAUCCAACGCAUCUCAACCAAUCAAACAUCCGGUGUGGCCAAACCGACACUCUAUGACACCCUUCUUGCAGGAUGGCGAAGAGAUUCAAGUGAUGCGAGAGAUAAGAUCUACGCAUUCACGAGUCCACUGUUAUCGUCAUCCAGGUAUACUGAAAUUACGCCAGAUUAUACCCUUGACAUGCGGUCUAUCUUUAUCCGGUUCAUCAGAGUCUACAUCAAUAACGAGAACAAUCUUGACUUUCUUCUAACUGCUCGGGGAGUGGACGAGCCUGUUUGGUUUCUAGAACCAGGUUUUUAA